AUGCCAGUCAAAGAAGAAGUAAAGACAAAGGACCUCAGCCCCUUGGCCAUCGACGAGAAGGUACCUAUUGAUAAAUCUCAGAAGGAUAAGUCACCAAGUCCUGUUGAAGCCAAAGAAAAGGAGGUUUCCACUGAAAAGGUAGAAGAGAAACUAACGCCACUGUCUAGUGAAAAAGAUAUUUCAAUCGCAGAUGAAGUAAAGGACAAGAUACCAAGUGCCUUGACUGCUGAGGAAAAAGCGGCUCUUGACAAGAUACCACAGGAAAAAUCACCAAGUCCUGUUGAGGCUCUAGAUAAAGAUCUUCCCAUGGAAAAGAAGGAAGAGAAGCCAACGACAAUUCCUAGCGAGGAGAUGCCAGUCAAAGAAGAAGUAAAGACAAAGGACCUCAGCCCCUUGGCCAUCGACGAGAAGGUACCUAUUGAUAAAUCUCAGAAGGAUAAGUCACCAAGUCCUGUUGAGGCCAAAGAAAAGGAGGUUCCCACUGAAGAAGAUGAAGUAAAGGACAAGACACCAAGUGCCUUGACUGCUGAGGAAAAAGCACCCGUUGACAAGAUACCAAAGGAAAAGUCACCAAGUCCUAUUGAGGCUCUAGAUAAAGAUCUUCCCAUAGAAAAGAAGGAAGAGAAGCCAACGACAAUUCCUAGCGAGGAGGUGCCAGUCAAAGAAGAAGUAAAGACAAAGGACCUCAGCCUCUUGGCCUCCGACAAGAAAGUACCUAUUGAUAAACCUCAGAAGGAUAAGUCACCAAGUCCUGUUGAGGCCAAAGAAAAGGAGGUUCCCACUGAAAAGGUGGAAGAGAAACCAACGACAAAACCUAGUGAAAAAGAUAUUUCAUUCGCAGAUGAAAUGAAGGACAAGACCCCAAGUGCCUUGACUGCGAGGAAAAAGUACCCCUUGACAAGAUACCAAAGGAAAAGUCACCGAGUCCUGUUGAGGCUG